AUGUCUUCAAAUGCUCAGGAGGGUGUCUCGAAUCAGCACUUGUUUCGCAGAUACGCCCCUUGUGUAGAGCGAACUGGCCUUGGUGAUGCCUUUCGAAAGCGUGUACAGCAGGACCGCAUUUCGCAUCAGAACCCCGGAACUCUCAGUACAACGGCAUCGGGAAACGGUGUAUAUGACAACGGCGUAUUGAAUAGCGGGAAAAACGCGGGAGUCGUCUCUACAGGACUUUCUGGAGCUCGCUCUGAGCAAUCGAAUCAAUUCAUUUACUACCAUAACCAUUUUGGGGGUGGAGACUUUCAUGCUUCAACGUCCUUGGCUACGAACAAUACAAGCGAGCAUAUUGUCGGUCACUCCUGCGAGCAGCUAAGUGGUUCGUCCUCCACAACCUCUCGCGAAUACAUCGGGUCUGUGACCAAGACUCAAGUCGAGGCUCAGACAUCCUCGCGUUGGGCAACCAAGACGAAAACUCCGAACAAUGGCCCGCGAGUGCCCCGAAUCCAUCUUCCAGAGUCCGCGCAGGCAGGUUCUGAUCAAACUGGGUCUUCGUCGGAUUCAGAAGAUGACUCCGCCACGGAGGAGGUAUCUAUCGAAGACUGUAUUUCCAGGAUAGACAGUCGUGGUACAAUCGUCAUUGCAGCCUUCGAGGAAAUAUUCAAUCUGCUUCCGUCCCAUGUAAGACGUCAGCAAGACGUACUUGAGCUGUGGAAGUUUGUGAAACAGCAACAAUGUUUGUUUGCGAACUAUCAUACAAGCCUUUCUGGCGCUAUUCGGCAUGUCGCGUCUCAACCCUCUCAGAGCAUGUUUCUCUCGGGAACAUGUAAUGAUGUGCUGGAGACACUGGAAAACCUGCAAAAGGUUCUUGGUGUUCCAAAGGAGUUCAUAAAGAGGAUGUCUAAGAGGAAGCCUAGGGAGGUAACUGAUGUAGGCAUCUCCAUAUAUCACCCCAUUGACACCAUUGUUAACUUCCAGCUAGGUUGCUAA